AUCAAUACUUUGCAGGUCUAUGGAAGAAGAUGCUAAUUUUGCUUUGAACUUUGACAGUGAUGUAUUCGAGAGCAGCUUCAUUUACUGGAGCAAUCUGCCAGCUCAUUUAAAAGUCCAGAUUCUGCGCAAUCUUCCGUAUCCAACUUUGAGAAGCUUCAUGUUUGUUAGCAAAGAAUGUAUGACUUUGGCGUCAUCUGUGAAGACUCAAGCAUACGGUGUUUAUUUGCAGGACCAUCCCUUCGAUUAUACAAACAUAGUGGAAAUCAAAGAGGCAUCAGCGUUUAUCACGGUUUAUUACAUACCACCCGAAGCAGUGGGUGUUCCAGAUUCGCACAAGAAUUACACACUCACUUUUGUCGACGUUGAGGAUGGAGGUUGUGUAGUGAAAAGGAGAAGAGAUAAAAAAGGAAGAUCAAUAAUCACAACCGGCGUUAGAUACCAAAACGAAAAGAGCUCUUCUGCAGCAGUGCGAGUAUUCUUCCAGCUAACGAAAAAUAUCAAGGCACAAAAUCUUUUCAUUGAGAUGACUUCGGAAAAUGCGGAAAUCGAGAGAUUACUUGGUGAACUUUCACCAGUCGUUCCUCUUGUCUGCGGUAAGCUCACCAUUCGCGCAAAAAGUAAGACUGUUGCAUCAUCUCUUCUUCGCUUUGUGUCUCCCGGUUGUGGGCUAGAUAUUUAUUUCUUGGAUCAUUUCUCUGAAGAGGUUUUCAUGGAUUCAGCAUUCUGUGAUUUAGAAGCGGUGCGGCAGGCCCCUGAGAUUGAUACUGAAGCAAUGAUUGCGGUCAGCGACGAUCAGUUAUCCCUUUUCAAAGCACACUGUCUUCGUAUAAGAGCUCCUUACAUUUCGUCGAAAGGGAUCAACAAGAUGAUUAUGCAGUGGCUGAAUAACCAAAGAAUAAUAGAGGAGAUCCUUUUGACGGAUACACAAAGAAUCAAUGAAGCUGAAGUUCUCGAGGGAGUGGACAAAGACCGAAUAUUGUCCGACCUGGAGAUAUCUAAAAGCCCCUUCCUCAGAGAACGAAUGGAAAACAUGAAGUCUGGUGGAAGCUUGCAUGUCGUAAUACGCAACUUUUCCGGUGCUUUGAUACUAAUCAACAUUGGAGCUGACUUUUGUAAUCUGAUGAAUCCUCAUUCGAAGGUACUCUUAUAUUCAACGAACACGACUAGAGAUGAUGAUGAUGAUGAUGAUGAUGAUGAUGAUGAUGAUGACUAGAGAAUGAUGUUGUGGAAUGUAUUAGGAUGUCCCAUAAAUUUUGAGGCUUGAGUAAUCAUUCAAGAGCGCAAAGCAGGCUGCACAAAAUGUCUAUCAAGAACCUGCCAAAACCGUAUUUCACAUGUAGUUUUGAGCUGGAAUCUGAUAGCGUCAAAAACGAAUUUUCUUAUGAAAAAUCAUAUCUCCGCCCCAAAAAACCUCAAGAAUUCCCC